CCAAAAUCGAUAUCCCGGGCGUAUAAAUAGAGACCUUUGAUUGAGAACAGCUGGCCGCUAGCCAGGGAACAUGCAACCUACGAGGAUGAGGCGUCCUCGCCGCCACCGGUGGCUCACAUUGUCGGUGUUCUUCAUAGCGUACUCCGUGUUCCACUCGAUGAUGACGGCAUCCAAAGCGACGGACCAACAUCCGGAAAAUGAUAUAUGGCGGGAUCGUGAUUAUCAGCCGAAUGAAAAUGAUAAACCAAAAGAGGAGAUUCUUAAGAAGAUCACAACGCCAAAUCCGAGUAGUGGAGAAGAAAAUGAAGCGGAAGAAGAAGAUAAAGAAACCACUGAUCCGUCAGUGGAAGAGUCACCCAAGAAAGAAUUAAAGGACGCAGGCUACAAAGAGACCGUAAACGAGACCAAACUUCGAGAAAAGGAACAAAAGGAUUUGAUCCCAACCGUUCACCCCAUCAGAGACAACUGCACCCCGCCAGCUAUUGAGCAAUUCCCCCGGCCGUUGAUGGGGCAGAACGCCCGCAAGCACGGCGGAUUGAUCCUGCACAUCCUGGUGGCCGUGUUCACCUUCAUCGGUCUGGCUAUAGUCUGCGACGAGUACUUCGUCUCCAGCCUUGAUAGAAUCUGUGAAGAACUGAAGUUGGCGCCAGACGUGGCCGGAGCCACCUUCAUGGCGGCGGGCAGCUCGGCACCUGAACUGGCCACCGUAGUCAUUGGAGUAUUCUGCGCUCAGGAUGAUAUCGGUGUGUCCGGCGUCAUCGGCUCAGCGGUGUUUAACAUAAUGUUCGUGAUAUCUGUGUGUGCCCUCUGCGCCGGCACCGUCUCCCACCUCAACUGGUGGCCACUUUGCAGAGAUUGCUUCUUCUACGCCCUCUCCAUCUUGGUCAUGCUGUGCACCAUUGCUAACGGCUACGUUUCUUGGCCCGAAGCCCUGUUCAUGCUGAUCAUGUACGGCGUAUACUGCAUCGCUUUGAGGUUCAACACGGUCUUGGAGCAGUGGGCCAUCUCCAUCCUGUACAAGAUGCCCUUCAAGCUGCCCACGAGGGAGGAACAGGCGGCUUUGGUUACAUACAGAAGCGCUGGUGGCCAACUCCCGGCGACAGCGGCGGCCGCAGAAGGCCAGUACACGCAAGUGGAAGGGCAGACCAAAGAGACUCCAUUGCAGAAUACAGCGUACAAUCCGGAUGGUGCUUACGACAACGUGGCUUACAACGCCGAGCCAGCGCAGGCGUGGGACCCCAACACCACGUGGGAUCCCGACCAGGCUUGGAGUGAUCAACCACAAACACAGCAAGCGCCAGCAUCGACAGGCUGGGGAGACUACAGCCAGCAGCCGGUACAGCAACAGCAACAGCAACCUCCACAGCAGACGGUACAGUCGCCGCAAGCUCAACAACAACCUGCUCCUCAACAAACACAGCAGCCAGUCGCCCCCGCCUACUACAAGGCAAAGGAAUACAACCCUGAGACUGCUGUCGACCCACUUGUCAAACCAAUAGGCGCAAAUCCGUUCCAACUGUGCUGUUGGUACGUCGCGUUCCCCGUCCACUGGGCGUGCCGGCACACCAUGCCCGACUGCCGCGGCCGCUGGUACCCCAUCACCUUCAUCAUCUCCAUGCUUUGGAUCUCCUUCUACUCCUACUUCAUGGUCUGGAUGAUCACCAUCAUCGGUUACACCCUGGGUAUCCCGGACACGGUUAUGGGACUGACAUUCGUCGCGGCUGGGGUGUCAGUUCCUGACGCGCUGUCAUCACUCGCCGUCAUCAAAGAAGGGUACGGUGACAUGGCUGUAUCUAAUGCUGUGGGGUCCAACGUGUUCGACAUCCUGGUCUGCCUCGGGCUCCCCUGGUUCAUACAGACCGCCAUCAUCCACCCUGGAAGCCAUGUCAAUGUCAUCAGCAAGGGUCUGAUCUACUCGACCCUGUCUUUAUUCUCCACUGUGGUGUUCCUGGUGGUAGCCACCCACGCGAACGGCUGGAAACUGGACCGCAAGUACGGAGCGGUCCUGAUGGUGUGGUACAUACUCUUCAUCACGUUCGCAAGUCUGUACGAGCUGAACGUCUUCGGCGAGUUCAACAAGCCAGACUGCAUCUCCGCCUAUUAA